AUGACGGCCCGUCCACAACUGACUCCGGUCUUGCGACGGUUGAGGUUGGCGAGGAUAUCAGCGAAUCCCAGCAGACAAGCGGCACUGGAGCAGUCGCUUCCUUGUCCAGUGGCUCGCCGCUUCAGCACCUCCCGCCCCCGACCCUUCCAUACGACACCAGCAGUCUCCGCCAAGGCCAAGUUCACGAGCGAGACGUACCCAGACAUCAAGCGGGACAGCCGCUUUGCCCAGCUCACUGGAGAGCAUGUUGGCUACUUCCGCAGUCUGCUCGGUAGCGAGUCGGCCGUCAUCGACGGCGUGACCAAUGACAGGGCCGCCGACGACAUUGAGCCAUUCAACAGCGACUGGAUGCGCAAGUACCGCGGUCACUGCAAGCUGGUGCUCAAGCCCGGCUCGACCGAGGAAGUCAGCAAGAUCCUCAAGUACUGCAACGACAACAUGCUCGCUGUCGUCCCCCAGGGCGGAAACACGGGUCUGGUGGGCGGCUCAGUUCCCGUCUUUGACGAGAUCGUAAUCAGCAUGAGCCGCAUGAACCAGAUUAUCGAGUUUGACGAGGUCAGUGGCACGCUCGUGGCCGAGGCUGGUUGCAUCCUCGAGGUUGUGGACCAGUUCCUGGCCAGCAAGGGCUACAUUUUCCCGCUAGAUCUCGGGGCAAAGGGGUCGUGUCACAUUGGAGGCAAUGUCUCGACGAAUGCUGGUGGGUUGCGGCUCCUGAGAUACGGGAGCUUGCACGGCACGGUGCUUGGGAUCGAGGCCGUGCUCGCGGACGGCACCGUCGUGGAUGAUCUCUGCAAGUUGCGGAAGAACAACACGGGCUACGAUCUGAAGCAGCUGUUUAUCGGCGCCGAGGGCACCAUUGGUAUCAUCACCAAGGUGUCAAUACACUGCCCCCAACGCUCGCCCGCGCAGAACGUCGCCUUCUUCGGCCUCGAGUCGUUCGACAAGGUCCAGCAGGCCUUCCGCGAGGCAAAGGGCCAGCUGUCCGAGAUCCUGUCCGCCUUUGAGCUCAUGGAUGAGGGCAGCCAGGCGCUCGUCCGGCAGGUCACCAAGAACGAGAGCCCACUGGAGGGCCGAUACCCGUUCUACUGCCUGAUCGAGACGAGCGGCUCCAACGCUGACCACGACAGCGAGAAGCUGCAAGCCUUCCUCGAGGAUGUCAUGGAGAAGGGCAUCGUGUCCGACGGGACCUUAGCCCAGGACGAGACGCAGAUCAAGUCUCUGUGGACCUGGCGCGAGGGUAUCACGGAAGCGCUGAGCCACCUGGGCGGCACCUACAAGUACGAUGUGUCGAUUCCUCUGAAGGAGCUGUACCAGCUGGUCGAGGACACGCGGGCCCGCGUUGAUGCGGCCGGCCUGCUGGGAGACACCGACGAGUAUCCUGUCCGCGCCGUGGUUGGGUAUGGCCACAUGGGAGACGCCAAUCUGCACCUCAAUGUAUCAACGCGGCGGUUUGAUGAGCGAGUCGAGAAGGUACUGGAGCCGUUCGUAUAUGAGUGGAUCGCCGCACGGCAGGGCAGCAUCAGCGCCGAGCACGGUCUCGGCGUGAUGAAGAAGAAGUUCAUUGGAUACAGCCGCAACCCGACCAUCGUCGGCUUGAUGAAGAACAUCAAGAACACGUUUGAUCCGAACGGCAUCCUCAACCCUUACAAGUAUCUCUAA